CUGAGCUCGAGACUUCCUCUCAUUCUCUUUCCACAUCGCCCCGAGAUCCAUCUGCUCCGUUUAUUGGGUUUCUCGGUGCUUUGGUGCUCUGCUACGCGUUCCGUUGCCCUUGUUGACACCAGGAGAAGUCGGAGGCUUCACGAGGGGGCUAGCUAGCUGGACUUUGGAAGCGAUCAAAAAUGACGAUCUGCGCGGGCUUCGACUCCUACCGGGCCUCGCCGGCGGACAUGCGGGUCGUGACGUCGGACGGGCAGAGCAUCGCUGCGCAUUCCUACGUUCUUGCCUCGGCGUCGCCGGUGCUGGAGCGGAUGAUCGACAGGGCGCAGCGCGGGUGGGGCGCCGAGUGCACCAUCCCCGUCCUCGGCGUCUCCUUCGACGCCGUCCACGCCUUCAUCCACUUCCUCUACUCCCCCAAGUCCAGGGUGGUGCCCGCGGAGGAGGAGGCGGUGGGCGCCAACUGGGCGCAGCUGCUGGCGCUGGCGCACGCGUACCGGGUGGGGUGGCUGAAGCGGGCGGCGGAGGCGGCCGUGUCGGCGCGCCUCACGCCGGAGCGCGCCGUGGACAUGCUGAAGCUGGCGAGGCUCUGCGACGCGCCGCGGCUGUACAUGCGGUGCGCGCGCCUCGCGGCCAAGGAGUUCGCGGCCGUGGAGCAGUCCGACGGUUGGCGCUUCGCGCGGCGCCACGACGCCGCGCUCGAGCUCGAGCUCCUCACGCUCCUGGAGGACGCCGACCAGCGGAGCGAGCGUUGGGCGCGCGAGAGGGCCGCGCAGGAGGCGUGCCGGCAGCUCGGCGAGGCCAUGGCCUCCCUCGAGCACAUCUUCCCCGGCGAGUCCGGCGCCAAGGCCGCCUGCGCGGACGCGGACGCGCCGUGCGCGAGGGCGGGGUGCACGUGCCGGGGCCUUCAGGUCCUGAUGCGGCACUUCGCGACGUGCCCGAAAAAGAUGGCGCCCGGCGGGUGCGCGCGGUGCAAGCGCAUGCUGCAGCUGUUCCGGCUCCACGCCUCCGUCUGCGACCGGCCGGACCGGGCCUGCCGCGUGCCGCUGUGCAGCCAUUUCAAGGCCAAGGCGCAGACGGGGAAGGCGGACAAGACGUGGCGGCUUCUGGUGAAGAAGGUGACGAGGGCGAAGGUGAUGUCCUCCCUGGCCGAGAGGAAGGUGGUGCCGGAGGUCGUGGCCGAGUCAUGGGCGAGAUACAACCGUAGAGGAGCCAAGUUGAGAUGAGAAGAUUCAUUUCUCUAAUUCUCUUGUCUUGGUCGUGUAGUUUAACCCUUGUCGUUAGCAACGAGGUGUUGUGAGCUCAGGUUGUACUAUCUAUCGUCUAGUAGUUCUAGCUAGUGAUAGUCUACUUAGCACAUGUCACUUAUGACUUGCGAUGGUUAAACUUUUUCUUUUCCUUUGCGAUGGUUAAA